AUGGAGCAAGUCGUCGGGGAUAUUCCGCCGGUGACCAGAUCAUGGAUCAUAGCGGCCGUGGGAACGAGCGUAUUGGUGGAAUGUCAACUCAUCGCACCUUUACAGCUAUAUUUCUCAUGGAAGAAUGCGGUAGGACACAUGCAGCUAUGGAGAUUCUUCACCACUUUCUUCUACUUUGGACCUCUGUCCUUCGACCUUGUCUUCCAUCUCUUCUUCAUUAUGAGGUAUUCUAGGCUGCUGGAGGAGAAUUCAUUCUCCAAUCGACGAGCAGACUACAUCUAUCUCUUGGCUCUCUGCGCUACAUUCCUCUUGGCCAUAUCACCCCUCCUCACUCUACCGUUCCUUUCUUCUUCCCUCGCCUUCGCACUAGUAUACAUCUGGUCACGGCGCAAUCCAUCGAUUAAAAUGUCCCUCUUUGGUGUCAUCACUAUAACCGCACCUUAUCUUCCACACUGCCUAGUAGCAUUUUCCUGGUUAUUACAAGGCGGCUUUGAGGCGGCUGUGGGCGAUAUUGUCGGCAUCUUAGCCGGCCAUACAUAUGUCUUUCUCCAAGAUUAUUGGCCACGCGAAAUGUGGUCUGAAUCGGGCAAAGGUGAAAUCCGUACUCCGGCCAUAGUGUGA